GAUUGGCUAACUGUCCUCAGUCCCUGUGGACGGAAACAACGCGGGAGCAAUAUUACGCUGCAUAAACGCCCCCGGAGACCGCCGACGGCUGCCCCGGCGACCCGAAAGCUCGGACCGUCCGUGUACGUUUUGUCUGUCUCUUUCUCUGCGACCGACCCCAGUUCUGAGCUCGAAGAGGUGCCACCGGGCCGGGAGGAGGACGCGAUUUAAGUGUCCGUGGGAGUUUCAUUUGCAUUCACCCUAGCAAAACCCUCCUGCCGGUGCCUGGGGCUCCUCCGGUCGGACGUCAAUCAAUUGGCAGGCGACGGUCCCAGGCAGGGCCCAGAGCGGGGCAGCAGCGGCGGGGCCGGGCACUAGGAGGCGCUGUUGCCCGUCUCCGCGCCGGUCCCCGCUCGCCGGGACCAGCGUCUCCCGCCGCGCCGCGCUCCUGCCAAGCGCAAAAAAAGAAAGAAUUGGGGACAUCUGUCACUCCUCCACCGGGACCGUCCCGGCCCGGGCUUCCAGCUGCCCGGUCUGCGGCGAGUCCCGGAAGCCCGCGCGCCCGCAGACUUGCCAGUGUGGGGAUCCCGCCCAAGCUCCAUCCUUUGCUGGCAGCCCCGCCCCAGGGGGAAGGAGGGACUGGAAAAACAUUUCCUUGAGGCUGGCACACCCUGCCCUAUACCAACUGGUCUUUCCCUUUUGCUCUCUUUUAAAACAAACAACAACAACAGAAAAAAAAAAACCCUUUGGCUGAGCCAGAUGCAUCUGGAACCAGAGCGACCGGAGGCGGGACACGAACGUCUCAGUCCUUGGGAGUUGCGGUCAGCUGUCCUCAGCACACCCCGAGCCGGUGAAGCCUAGCAGCGGCCGGCCGUGUGGAGAUGGGCACGGAGAGGGGCACCAUGCGGGCGCUCCUGGGCUGCAGUCUCAGCGACAAGCUGUGUGUGCUCCAGGAACAGCAGUAUGAAAUCAUCGUGGUCCCAACCUUCUUUAUUGCCGUCUUCAUUAUCACUCUUGCCAUCAUCCUGUGGCUUUUUAUCAGAGGACACCGAGUCCAGUGCCAGUCUCCUGGACCGCAAGACUCUACCCCUGUGCCUCCAUCGACGGAUGUACGGGAUGUACGCAGGGAAGCCGCGGGACCUGGAGGAAGUGUGUUGGUGCCACUUGAGGCGACUUCGGUGGAAAGCCUUCUACAAAGCAGCGCACAAACCCUGGCUCAGCUCCAGGUGCCCCGGGAGCGACUCUCGGAUGUCGUGGAGCAGAUCUACAGUGGAACUUGUGCGUCCAUCUACCGAACACAGAUGUACACCGGGGACCCUGCCAAACCCAAGAGUGUCAUCCUCAGAGCUUUAAAAGAACCAGUUGGGCUUCGAGAGGCGCAGGAUUUCUUAGGGCGAAUCCACUUCUUUCAGUACCUGGGGAAGCACCCGAACCUGGUCCAGCUGGAGGGCUGCUGCACGGAUAGGCUGCCGCUCUUCAUGGUGCUGGAGGACGUGGCCCAGGGGGACCUGCUCAGCUUCCUCUGGACCUGUCGCCGGGAUGUAAUGACCAUGGAGGGCCUUCUUUAUGAUCUCACAGAAAAACAAGUCUAUCACAUUGGGAAACAGGUGCUUCUGGCUCUGGAAUUUCUCCAGGAUAAGCAACUGUUUCAUGGGGAUGUGGCCGCUAGGAAUAUCCUGAUCCAGAGCGAUCUCACCGCUAAGCUCUGCGGACUGGGUCUGGCUUACGAAGUUCAUGCCCGUGGGGCCAUCUCAUCCACCCGCAACGUCCCUCUCAAGUGGCUCGCCCCAGAGCGACUUCUGCAGAGACCAGCCGGGAUCAGAGCAGACAUCUGGUCCUUUGGGAUCCUACUCUAUGAGAUGGUGACUCUAGGAGCACCACCGUACCCCGAAGUUCCCCCUGACGGCAUCCUACAGCAUCUUCAAAGACGGAAAAUCAUGAAGCGACCCAGUAGCUGCACAAAUACCAUGUAUGGUCUCAUGAAGUCCUGCUGGCGCUGGAGUGAGGGCAGCCGACCCUUUCCUAGAGAGCUCCGCACGCGCCUAGAAGCCGUGGCCCGAAAUGCAGAUGACAAGGCUGUGCUCCAGGUGCCAGAGUUGGUGGUGCCCGAGCUGUAUGCAGAUGUGGCGGGCAUCCGCACGGAGAACCUCUCCUACACCUACAGCGUCCUCUGAGCAGUAGGAAGGACCAACACUCACGGGGGGCCGGACACUCUUGGAAUCAAUUCUUCCAGGAACAGAGACUAGACUUUCCCGUGGCACAGAGAGAAGUGGAACAGGGAGCCUGACCUUUCCCAGGUUCCCUUAGAAAACACUGGAUGCCCAAUACUGGGAGUCCUGCUACGAUCUGCUGUCCAAGAUCUAGAGAAAUUUCAACUCGUGGAGGGAAAAAGGAAGGCAGGAAAAGAGCUGGCGAGAAAGACAAAGAAACGCUCUGUUUGUUGGGGACAAGGUCCAUCAUGCAAUGAGAUGGUGGAGGGAAGGUGAAGUUCUUUAGCCCUGGCCCCUUCACACAGAGCUGGAGGAGAGGUAGGAGGGAAAACUCAGCAAGAGAAAUAUGGUUUCCUUUUAUCGGAUUCUGAGCUGUGUCAACCCUGUUGGCACUACUCUUAUCUAGAAGUUGCAGGGGUCAGGUCAUGAUUAGGAGCGUGCAGCACGUAUUAUUUAUUCAUCAGGUAAGUUCCCUGAUCCUUGUAAGAGUAGGAGACCGAGCCUGUAGUCAGUGAGGUUGAUGAAUAUGUACGCUGAGCAAGUAGAAAAUAGGACAAAUGAUCAAGAGUGCUUAACAAGGGGGCGAGGAGGAUGUAUUCUCAGCUGGAAUGGAUGGGUUGUUCCACUUCUUUGUCAUCCAUUGAUGUACUCUGAAAUAUCCCAUGAAAUAAAUAUUUAUUGAGUGGAAGCAGGACUUUCUGGUAUAUACAGCUGUCAGCAUUAGGGAGGACGUAAGUGAAAAAAAAUGCAAGUUAAUGUCAGUAGAAAAAUUCUGGUGGCAAUCUACGUGGUCAGAAAAAGGGUUUCUCCUGGGUAAAAUGGGGUGACUCCCAUCUCCUGGGCUGUAGUGCGGGUUGAAUGAGAGGAAGUCCUGGUACACUACCUGACAAAUGCAGCUCAAUAGGUGCUCAAUAAACAAUUGUUUUCCCCCCUCCCCAGCCUAGAAUGUUUCCUGUGUCUCAUUUAAAAUCUGGGCCCUGAAGGGAGCUGGACAUGGCAGACACCACGGAGCUAGUCUGCCCUAAAGAUGAUGCUAUGGGACAGUGAUUAGCACCUGGGGGAGGCAGCAUUUUUGUGGGGGCUGAUACUAGUAACUCCUCUUCAUUUCCCAAAUAUCGAAAAUAUUGAUGAGGAUGUGGCGGAGCAUGGUGGUCUAGGAUUUUAGGCAGUGCUAGUCUGAGCCCUCAGUGACAGGAGAGGAUUGGCAAAUGCAAACUCCAAACUCCAUCCAGAACCCCAUCCUGACGGAGUCAUGAGUCAGCCACCGAGUGACUCAGGCCCCCGUGGGAGAACCGCAGUGACUAACCAGAGCUAAACUGGGUCUCAGUGGCGUGUGGAGAAGGGAGGGAAUGCGGGCUGGCACAAAACGUUACAAAACAUUUAUUUAUUCAAACAUUAGGAAAAAUGGGAGGGUUCAGGCUUGAUAUGUCAGAUAUUCUGUUAGGCAUUAGUUCAAAACCAAAACCACCCACAGCUUUGGCCUAUGGUCUAGAAAAUAAGGAACUUUGUAUACGGAAGGAAUUUAUUAAAUGCAAAUUAUUUCAAAUGCUAUGGAGAAAAGUCUAUAAGGUGGCAGAAGAGAGUAUCAGAAGAAUCAGAGGAGGAUCUCUACGGGGGAGAAGGGGAGCUUGGGAAAGGGGAGGAGGCUUUUAAGUGAAAACCAUAGGGAUGGAUUCAAAUUUUACAAAAUAUGAGCCUUCCAGGAGACUUUAUAAAGGAAACUUUGGAGACAAAAGAGAGCAGCUUGAGGAACUGCAAGCAUGCAGGGGAGGAACUGAGGGGAGAGGGAGCUGGCUUUUUCAGUCUGUACCUUCGUGUUUACUUUGGUAGGAGGGGAAGCAGUAGGCAGUUAUUUAUUGGUUCCAGUUUUCAUUGGUUACUGUGAUUUAUGCUGCAAAUGGAACUUUUGGACAUCAUCCCAAGACCACACCCAGCACCAGCGUCCCAGCUCUCUCCCUCCUCUGUCCCCAGGACCCUUCCACUACCCCACCCACCCAAAUGAGCUCAGUUCUGUAGAUGAAAUUCCAGUUGUGAUGUCUUUGGCCUUUUGUUGUUCCUUUACUAUGGCUGCUUAUUAUUAUUAUUAUUUUUUUACUUUUGGGGUGACACCUGGUGGUGCUCAGAGGUAACUCUUGGCUCUCCACUCAGGGAUUACUCCUGGCAGUGCUUGGGGGACCCUGGGGAUUGAACCCAAAUCAGCCGCAUGCAAGGCAAAUGCCCUACCCACUGUAUUAUUGCUCAGGUUCUGUUUCUUUACUAUGAUUCUUUGGAUUCCUCAUGUGAGAACGAUCUUUUGAUUGUGACGGUAGUAACAUCUAUACCAUACAUAAGACAAUCACUAUCAUCUCGUUGCUCAUCCAUAUGUUCGAGCGGGCACCAGUAACGUCUCUCAUUGAGAGACUUAUUGUUACUGUUUUUGGCAUAUCCAAUACGCAUGGGUAGCUUGACAGGCUCUGCUGUGCGGGCUCCAUCCAUACUCUCGGUAGCUUGACGGGCUCUCCGAGAGGGGCGGAGGAAUCGAACUCAGGUUGGCCGCGUGAAAGGCGAACGCCCAAGCGCUGUGCUAUCGCUCCAGCCCCCAACACAAUCACAACAUUUUUUUUUUAUCCAUCAUUUUAUUUGUUUUUCUGGAUAAAGAAAAUGGUGCAGUCCUUGAUUAGGGAACUAGGUCUUUCCUGGAUGUUGCCAAGCUUUUUCCAAAUAUUUCUAGUUUCUAAUCUAUCAAGGAAAUCAGGUAUUUCAAAACUAACAAAUAGAAAUGAGAACAAAUUUACUAUUUCAUUGAGCUUAAUCCAAGUUAGGUCUUGAUUUAUUGCUUUGAUCUCUUCUGCAAUUAUAUUUUUCCAAUCUGUGCUUUUGUUAAACAAAAGAUUCCAAUGUAGUU